CGAAGGGCGUCCAGAAGGCCGGCGGCAAGCUCGACGGUGGCGACGACGCUCCGACCACCCCGACCACAUUCAAGUCUCCGACAAGAAGCGAGAGGCCGAGGUGGAGCACCAUGCCAAUAACAGCGAAGACAAGCUCCCGACAAGAUUCAUGUCGAAGAAGGAGCGGGUGCGUUUUGCAGGUGGAGUUUUCUCCAAUUCUUUCCGAUACUCCGAGGAGAUCGCUACGACAGAUGCGAGCAGAGAGAUGACUGCUCACCAAGCGAGCUGGCUUUGCGUGAUGGCAGAACCGCACAAAUGAGGUCGACGGCGGUGGAUGACAUUUUCAAAUAUCGUCAACAACUGGUGAAAAAGAGUCUGCGUCUGCCGAGAGAGGUGAAUCCGAGGCGAGAGCCGAUCUAGGACUUGCGUGCAAGGGUGUUGAUCGUGGUUAUGGAAGUGAGUUGGGUCACGCACAUGUUGGGUUCGAGGAAGGGUGGAGGAAAUGAUGGUCUGCCGAUAUAAGCUCGUCCAUGGUUCCCUCCCUGACGCUUCUGCGCCGACUUGGAUGAAAAUGGACAUCAUGGUUGGCCUGACAGAAAUCCCACGGCUUGAAGCCACAAAAGAAGCGCUUCCGAUGCGUCUCCAUUACAGCGGAGGCUCAAUCUUCGAACCCAACGAUCACAUCAUCAUCAUGCGAAGGGCAUCAUCACGACAAGAUGCAAGAUUGAGCUAUCGCGAGCGCCGAUGUCUCGCUGCAUGCGAUAGCCUUGGUCCGGCAGUUUCGGACUUUCAGCUACAUCUUGAACGCCAUGCCCGACUGGCUCCCUCCGCUGACUGUGCGGAUGGUAUACUUGACAGUGGAGGUACGAACGAGUAUUGUCAAGCACGACUCGAAGCUCCGGCCACAAAGUUUGAAAUAGAUUAGACCGAGUGGUCAUAGGCUUGGCCUGGGAAGCCUUGGAGGCUCGGCGCAUCGAAGAUGUGAAAAGGUAUGUUCCUACUCUCAACACGCUUGACAUUUUGCUACUGAAUCCUCGUCGGCAGGAUCUGCUCUCAGCAUCUCUUCUCGCACCUGGCCAUCACCACCUCUCCCGUCAUCUCCUGCGCCAGCCGCAGCACUACGCUUCCGGUGCACUUGUUCAUUCGAUACACCCACACCCCAUAGUACGAACAUUCUCCACUCUUCUUUCUCCUUCUCGAGCUUCAUGGGAUGCC